AAUUUUUACAAGUAUCUUUACAAAUUCUGCGGUUAAAACUCAACAGCUGAGUGGAUGAAUAUGAAACGUCCAAGCAAUGAAAGCAGUUUAGAGUUUAAUUUUAGAUCGAGUAUUUAGAAAAUCCACUUUUAAAAGCGCAGGUUUGGUCCAUUAAACGGCUCCUCUACGUCCGGUUCUGGCGGGAAUCGAGUCCUAUGUUGCUAGCUAGACCGGACUGGAAGAAUGGCGACAGGGAGGAGACAGAUGAAGAAAAAACACCCGGAGGAAAAAUCAGAUAAAAAGGUUUUUGAUUUUACAGAAGAGGAUGAAAAGAAAGAGCUGAGUGGUUCAGAGGACGAUGUUAGAGAAGCUGAAACUCCGAUAGUGGAGAAGCUGGCAAAGAAGAGACCUGCAGCUGACUUUGAAGUGGAGGAGGCAACAUCCGCUGUUGGAAAUGAGGUGCAGUCCAUGUUGGAGAAAUUUGGAGCUGAUAUCAGCAAGGUUAUGCAGGCCAAGAAGAAACGUCUGGAGUGUCUAACAAAGAACUACAUGAAGGGAAGUCAACACAAACUGGAGCAGCUGUGGAACAACUAUCACAGCCAGAGGCAGAAGAUGACUCAACAGUACUCUCAGCAGGUCUCCACAGCGCUGCAGCAGUGGGAGACUGAAGCCCAGCGAGCCGAGGAGCAGGAGGAGAAGCUCAACAAUCUGUUCAGACAGCAGCAGAAAAUCCUGCAGCAGGCCAGAGUGGUGCAGAGCCAGAAACUGAAGACUGUCAGAGAGCUAUACGAGCAGUUUGUGAAGAACAUGGAGGACAUGGAGAAGAGCCACGAGGCUUUCCUGCAGGGGGCGCAACAAGAGCUGAGGAAGGAGAUGGCCACCCUGCAGAAGAAGAUCCUCAUGGACACGCAACAGCAGGAGAUGGCCACCGUCCGCAAGUCGCUUCAGACCAUGUUGUUCUAACCUGCUGUUACCACGGCACCCACGGCUCGUUCCUACGUUGAGGAUGCAUUCUAGGUUGGUGUUACCGUGGUUUUUAUAGCCGUAAUCUUGCAGGGUUGUCAUGGUUACAUAGCUCCUAUGAACUAUAUUUAGUUCACGUUCAUGCUGGGACUUGGUCCUCUGUUAUGUUGUAGCAACAGUUUGUGAUUUCAGUGACUUUCUAAUAAAAAUAUGAAUUGUUUGUUCUGUCUCCUAUAGCUGAGUCAUGUGUUCACCCUGCUGUAUUUUUAUUUCAUGUCUGUCCACUACGGAGAACGGCCUCUAGUGGGCGCCGUUUAGAAUAGGUUUGGAGAGGCUGUUUUAGUGGCAGUAAAAGACACAGUUCAAGUCUUCAACAAGUUUCACUGUUAAUUUAGAAACGGUUAUAAUAUUUUUAGUGCAAAUGCUUUGUAUGAUGUGUUAAUUGGUAGAAGACUUGAGACAAAGAUGAUGAAAGUGAUCAUCAAAAUUUUAAACUGGAAAAUCAUCUUGAACUUCUGUGAAUGAGUAAAAAAAUAAAUAAGGUUCUUUUUGUGCAAUCCAGUUUGGUGCAAAGUCUUCCAUUUUCUGACAGUCAGUGUUUAGAGUUCAGUUUAAUUCAUU